AGGAUCCCGUUCUCAGUCGCCAGCCACUGGUCACAGCCACCGUCUCCCUCCUUCCCCAACCUCGCCGCUAUCAGGUGGUGGAUGCAGCAGCGCGGCCGCUCCUUCAACAGCCGCUCUCGGAGCUUCUCCCGCGCCCGCGUCGCCAUCGAGGGAUCUUAAUCUCACAGCCAUCCCUCGGUCAUUUCGUUUGAACUCGGUUCUGAAAUUCUGACUGACGAACGCACGCAACGACCUACCGUGAUGGACGCCGCCGCCGCCGCCGCCGUUGUUUCUCUUAACGGGAAGAUGGGGGCCGAGGAGAGGAAGGCGCAGAAGAGCUACUGGGAGGAGCAUUCCAAGAACCUCACCGUCGAGGCCAUGAUGCUGGACUCCCGCGCCGCUGAUCUCGACAAGGAGGAGCGCCCUGAGGUCCUGUCUUUGCUUCCUUCAUAUGAAGGAAAAUCUGUACUAGAGCUUGGUGCUGGAAUAGGCCGUUUCACUGGAGAACUCGCUAAAACAGCUGGGAAUGUUCUUGCUCUGGAUUUUAUUGAAAGUGCAAUUAAAAAGAAUGAAAGCAUUAAUGGUCACUACAAGAAUGCAUCCUUUAUGUGUGCUGAUGUGACAUCCCAGGACCUAGUGCUUCAAGCUAACUCCAUCGAUCUGAUAUUUUCAAAUUGGUUAUUGAUGUAUCUUUCAGAUGAAGAGGUUGAACAGCUAGUUCAGAGAAUGGUAAAAUGGUUGAAGGUUGGUGGCUAUAUCUUCUUUAGGGAAUCUUGCUUCCAUCAAUCUGGAGAUUCAAAAAGGAAAGUUAAUCCGACACACUAUAGGGAACCAAGUUUUUAUACUAAGGUUUUCAAAGAAUGCCAUACCUUUGAUCAAGAUGGGAAUUCUUUCGAACUUUCUCUGGUUACUUGCAAGUGUAUUGGUGCUUAUGUUAAAAACAAGAAAAACCAAAACCAGAUAUGUUGGCUAUGGCAAAAGGUCCAUUCUACAGAAGAUAAAGGAUUUCAAAGAUUUUUGGACAAUGUGCAGUACAAAGCCAGUGGAAUAUUACGUUACGAGCGCAUUUUUGGAGAAGGUUAUGUGAGCACUGGUGGAGUUGAGACUACAAAAGAAUUUGUGGACAAGCUGGAUCUCAAACCUGGACAUAAGGUGCUUGAUGUUGGAUGUGGAAUUGGGGGAGGUGACUUUUAUAUGGCCGAAAAAUAUGAUGCUCAUGUUGUUGGUAUUGAUCUUUCCAUAAACAUGGUAUCAUUUGCACUUGAGCGUGCCAUUGGGCGCAGUUGCUCAGUGGAGUUUGAAGUUGCUGAUUGCACUACGAAGACAUACCCAGACAACACAUUUGAUGUCAUAUACAGCCGUGAUACUAUCCUUCACAUACAUGACAAACCCUCUUUGUUCAAAAGUUUUUUCAAGUGGCUGAAGCCUGGGGGCAAGGUCCUUAUCAGUGACUACUGCAGGAGUCCUGGGAAACCAUCAGAGGAAUUUGCAGCGUACAUUAAGCAGAGAGGUUAUGACCUACAUGCUGUGGAGGCUUAUGGACAGAUGUUGAAGAGUGCUGGUUUUCGUGAUGUCAUUGCUGAGGAUCGAACUGAUCAGUUCCUUGGUGUUUUAGAUAAGGAGUUAGCUGAAUUUGAAAAGAACAAGGACGAUUUCCUGUCUGACUUCACCCAGGAGGACUACGAUGAUAUCGUGAACGGUUGGAAGGCAAAACUGCAGAGGAGUUCUGCUGGUGAACAGAGGUGGGGGCUGUUCAUCGCCACCAAAUGAUGAUGCAGAUGUGAGAUGUGCGUGGACGUGAAAAUAAAGCAUCCUUUUACUAUAAUUGAUGUCGCAUUAGUUAUUCUGAACCCAGGUAGCCUGGGUCAGUACCUACUACCCUGUUUAUCAUAGGACGUGGAGAGAACUCGUCCAGUUUUACAUUCCCGUCACUGCUUUGCCGGAGUGCUGUGGCAAUCCAUAAAAUCUAAUAAAGUAACAAUAAGCUGUCUGC